AUGUCGCUCGUGUCCGGCGAGAAGACGAACUUCCAGUACAUUCUGCGUCUGCUGAACACUAACGUGGACGGCAAGCAGAAGAUCAUGUACGCCCUGACCCAGAUCAAGGGUGUCGGUCGCCGUUACUCCAACUUGGUCUGCAAGAAGGCCGAUGUCGACCUCAGCAAGCGUGCUGGUGAGCUUACCACCGAAGAGCUUGAGCGCAUCGUCACCAUCCUCCAGACCCCCACCCAGUACAAGAUCCCCACCUGGUUCCUGAACAGACAGCGCGACAUCACCGAUGGCAAGGACUCUCAGGUUGUCUCCAACAGCUUGGACAGCAAGCUCCGUGAGGACCUUGAGCGCCUCAAGAAGAUCCGCUCCCACCGUGGUCUCCGUCACUACUGGGGUCUGCGUGUCCGUGGUCAGCACACCAAGACCACUGGCCGCCGUGGACGCACCGUCGGUGUGUCCAAGAAGAAGGGCUAA